AUGUUUAUUCGCAUUGGAGUGCACCGGGUGACCGAUCGUGACGGAAGUCUUAUGCAAGCGGGCGAAUAUACGAACAUCGGUGCUCUCGGACGUUGUGAUAGCGGAGACGCGAUGAAGCAGGCGACGAUACUUCAAUUCGUCAACGACAACCGACUAACGACGUCUUCGCGAGCGAGAUUGGUCUCCUGUCCCGCGUGCGACGCGGAAGUGGCGCUCUCGAAGAUAAACGCGCAUCUCGACGAAGGUUGCCGACCUACCGACCGCUGGAAACCGUCGCCGGCGUCCGAAGCGGAGGUCAGAAGUGGUCCGAAGAGGUCUGAAGAGGUCCGAAGAGAGUUAGCCGCUACCAAGGAACGUCCGAGGACGUCCGAAGCGGAGGUUGGAAGUCCGAAGCGGUCCGAAGAGGUCAGAAGAGAGUUGGCCGCUAUCAAGGAACGUCCGAGCACCUCCGAAGGGCCAGCGUUAGCUGCCACCUCGCUCGACGUCCAGCGGACGGAACCUGCGUCGGAACAACGCAGUCCAGAUUGGAACGCGGCGUCGCAGCGGAAGCGACGCCGGCGUUCCCGCGACGACGGGCGACGUUCGAAGCGGAAGAAGAUCGAAGAUUCUGAGCGGAUCGCGGGAUCGUCGGACGAGACUCGGCGAGGUCGGGCAGCGACGUCGGAUUUCGCGCGCCGCCCGAGCGGAUGCCAGGGGGCGCCGCCGUCGCCGCGCGCUCGGGAAAACGCGGACGGAGGAUUCGCGAACGGACGAGGAGGAGCUUCGGUCGCGAACGGAGUCCGCGAGGAAAAGGAAACGAGAAAAAAGCGUGGCGCGCUUUCGCGCGGCGUCCCGAGGCGACGCCCGGCAGAUGCAUCCGGCGGGACGGAUGCUGUCGUCGCCGCGGCGACCGAUCCCCUGCGCGUCGGCGUUGCCGAGCGAAACGAUCCGUACCGAAGACGAGGUCUCGUUAACGACCGCCUCGUUAAAUUCUCUGAGGGUACCGGACACGUACCUCCAGCUGCUUCCGACGCGAAAGACACGCCAGAUGGCGCUAGUGGGCUAGAUGUAAAAGACGCACUAGAUGGUGCCAACAGGCUCGAUGUAAAAGACGCACUAGAUGGCGCUAGCGGGCUCAGCGCAGAGUCGGUAUCGGUCGGCGAGGGGGCGCCGGGAGAGAGAGAGGACGAUGCGGCAGAGCGUGUGCCGUACUACUUGAAUAAUUUUGUGUUCGUGAUGAAAUCCGUGCUCUCUAAUGCGGAGGAUCGUUCGUUGCUAGAUGAUGCAGACAUGCAAGUAGUGGAAAACUUCUUCCAGUUAUCAGAUGCUGCUAAACAGUUGUAUGUAAGACUCUUUCAAAGAAAGCACUGCUGGUUGCCGGUGUCCAGACUGCGCUAUCCGUUGAUUGCUGAGGACCUCUGCCCAGUGGUGGACGAACUGGCUUCAUCAGGAUUUCUACUCACUGGUGACCACCUCAAAGAUGUGAGAAUGGUGUUGGAGUUACUCUCUGGUCCUGAUGUGCGCAGCCUAGCCAAGGAUCUUCGUGUUAUGGGAAACAAGUCUAAGAAAUCUGAUCUCACGCAAUGUGUACUUGACUAUGCUUCCAAACAACGAUCCAUAUUUGGCAAAUCGAUGCACGGAGUAGUGUUGAAAAAAGCGAGGAAGAUGCUGGGAGCGUGCUGCGUGGUCGAUGAGAAGCCGAGAGUCACGCUGCUGCGUCUGCUGCUGCUCUUCUCCCUAACGAUGAUCACACUCGACGAUGAGGAUGCUGGGAUGGGGCAGCUGUAUUCACUACUGAUGGUCAACAUGGGAAAGAUAUCUUAUCCGUCUUACGCGAUAUCGAGGACUGCAAAGAUCUUUCCGGAGCGAGACAGUUUGAUACGGUUCCAGUCGAUUCUAUGCAUGGCAACCGAGUUGACGAAACAUCUACAGAACAACGCGUUCGAGUCGGGACUGCAAGCGUAUCUGAACGCCAAGGAACAGUUUCGAGAAUCUUAUACGAACGAGUCGAUCAUCGCGUAUGAUAUCGCCUUGCCUGUCUGGUUGAGAGAUUUCACGGCGAAUUCCAUCUACACAAAACUAUUGUACAUGGGAGUGGAACUGUUGCAAAAGAUGCGUGACUACAAAGACGUACGCACGGGACACAGGCUCUCGCUGUACUUGCGCGCCGUCAAGAUUUGCAAGUCUUUGCGAAACAAGAAACUGGAGCAUCGGAUGGAGGAAGUGACGCCUGUGCCGUGUCAGGAACCGCCCAAGGUACCGCCGAAUUAUCGGCAUUAUAGCUUCUCAGUUGUCUGA